AACGACGGUUCAUUUAGUACGUCAAAGCGACAGUUUUCUAAUUUUCAUUUGCAUUUUUCAAGCGGUGUGCAACGAUUUCGAGAAAAAUUUCGCUACGGAUAGUCUUCUAGAGUCUAGUAGAGUAUAUUUCAAUAGUGGUCUUGUGUGGCCAUGUUAUCUUUACUCGGGCCAAAUGUUGUUUUAAUUUUACGUUUGGAAACCGACAAAUUACUUUUCCUAUCUUGGUAAAAUUUGUCUAGCUUAAGUGUAACUACAGACAUGUCGACAAAUACAAUUCGUUAAUGGCAAAGUGCAAUGGCUGCAGAGACACCACCGUCUGCGGAUUUUCAGAGAAUCUGUAGGAUCUGCAUGAAGGAGGGUAUGAUGAUGUCUAUUUUCAAAGUCAAUAUAUCUAAAAAGAUUAUGGCUUGUGCAUCUGUCCAGGUUUGGCAAAAUGAUAAACUUCCUAGUCAGAUAUGCAACAAAUGUACAGCAAAAUUGCACAUUUCAUUCCAAUUCAAGAAGAUGUGUGAAAAGUCAGAUGCCAAACUGAGACAAAUCCUGCAAAAAAUGGAAGAUAUGAAAGUACAAAACGCAGUCCAGAGUGAAAACAAAAUUGUGGGUCAGAGUGAAAAAAUUCCAUGCUUGGAGAUUGCUCAUCAGCAGACAGCACGAGGAGAACCGGCAUAUAUAGAAUGCAACCCUUCAGUGUUGGAAGUGGGUGUAACGGUUCCUCAAGAGUCUCACACUAACUACAUGUCGCAGCCAUCACAGCCUCCAUUAACUCACAUGGAUUACAAUGAGCAACAGCAGUUGCAGUUGCACGGUUACAACAUACAAGUGAUUGGACAUCAGGUACAAGUGUAUGACAGCGCUUCCAGUUACAUGCCUCUUAAUCAGAUGCAAACUGCAGAUGGAAACGUUAUCAACAAUCAGGCGGUUACACACAUGCAGUUGGUGGCCCAGCCUGAAAUCGAAACUCUAGAAUCAGUGAUGCAACAGCAACAAGCAGGGCAAGAUCACAAUCAUCAACUCUCUCAUCAGCAAAUCGAACCACCCGUUCAUGUGCAACUGCCGGAUCGAACGGCAGAGAAUGAUAGCAAAUCAUCGAAAAGUCAAAAUAAAGAAGCAAAAAACGAUGCGUCCAAGCAGUGCCCAACUUGCAACAAAGUUUUCGGAACCGCCGCGAAACUAAGCAGGCAUGUAAAGACACAUUCUGCUGACCUGCCAUAUAAGUGCAAGGUGUGCAGUAAGGGAUUCGCUCACAGUGGUAAUUUUAAGAUCCACAUGCGGAUGCACACCGGCGAAAGGCCUUACGAAUGUGUGGUUUGUGGCAGGAGAAGUAGACAACUUCAGGAUUUAGAAAAACACAUGAGGGUUCAUACUGGUGAAAAGCCUCACAAAUGCCACAUUUGUAAUCGCGCGUUUUCCACCAGUUCAAAUCUGACGGCGCACAAAAGGACGCACACCGGCGAGAGGCCGUACGUUUGCUGCGUUUGCCAAAAAGGAUUUUGUCAGUCGAAUGAGCUGACGAAACACAUGAGGACGCACACCGGGGAGAAAUCGCACAUAUGCGAUAUCUGCCAUAAAGGUUUCAACGGUUCGAGCACGUUGACGGUGCAUCGUCGGUCUCAUACUGGAGAACGGCCGUACGUUUGUCAGAUUUGCGGCAAAGGUUUCACCCAAUCGAGCUGUUUAGCGGUACACGUGAAAAGGCACAAGGCGCAACACGGCGACGAUGAUAAUGGACGGAAAGAUAUGGAUGAAACGACCGCCGGCCCCGGAAUACACUAUCAGUGCGGAAUUUGUGGAGAGAGGUUUUCGAAAAUGGCAGAUUUUUCGAAACAUAAAAGAGUGGCACACGACACAGGUGAAGGCUGAUUACGUUACGAUAACUGGAACAGCAUUUUAGGGUGGUGAUAAAAAAUAUGAUAAAAGUGCCGUUGAAUGACACGCGAACACAGAAAUAAUCAAGAAUUCAAUGUGAAAAGGUCGGUUCAUUCGCAAACAUUGAUGUAGAGUAGGAAAAAGAUGAACAAUGAUAUCAGUACAGCAUAACAAAAAUUCUACCGAUGGUGUUUCCAUUGUAACCCACAUCGGGAAUUGUCCGCCGUAACGAAAAUGAUUUAUGUGCUUUUUUUACUUAAUUCUAGUCUUUAAUUUAUAAAUGAAAUGUAAAAAUGUAAAGAAUGUAUAAGUUUGUUGUAGAUGUAAGAAACUGUUUUCUAUGUUAUAAAAUAAAUUAUUUAUCAGAAUA